AUGAAUUCAAUAACUGGACAAGGACAAACAUCAUGCAGAAAUCACGAGGAGGACUUUGGGGACCCAAUUGCUGUCAUUGGUAUGGCAAUGCGGCUACCAGGCGGUGUUCGAUGUGGAGAUGAAUUUUGGGAAAUGCUCGUGAAUAAAAGAGAUGGCUUUUGUGAGGCACCUCCCUCGCGCUGCUCCCGAGAGGCGUCUAGCAGCGCCGAUUGUGGAGAUCUGAGCAAAACGAAAAGAGGAUUCUUUUUGCAAGAAGAUCCAGGUUGUUUUGACACUUCCUUCUUUUCUGUCCCUCCCCACGAGGCGGCGCGCCUGGACCCUCAGCAACGGCUCUUGCUGGAGGUGGUUUGGGAGUGCCUGGAGAACUCGGGGGAGACUAAGUGGCGCGGCGAGAAAAUCGGUUGCUUUGUUGGCGGUUUUGGGGAAGAUUGGCUAGAGAUAUCGCAUAAAGAUCCCCAGCAUCUGACGCAGAUAUUUCCUAUCGCAACCGGUGGUUAUGCAUUAGCAAACCAAGUGUCGUAUCGAUUUGAUCUCCUAGGUCCGAGCAUGACCAUCCAGACAGCUUGCUCUUCGUCCCUGGUCUGCCUGCAUGAGGCCUGUCAAGCACUCAGAUCUGGAGAGUGCACAACAGCUCUGGUGGGCGGGACGAGCCUUAUAUGGAGCCCAACCAUGACAGAUGCCAUGACUAAAAAUAUGGUUUUGUCACCAAGUGGUAUCUCUCAUACUUUUGAUGCUGAGGCAGAUGGCUAUGGUCGUGGUGAAGGGAUCAACUGCAUAUAUCUCAAACCUUUACGCGACGCGCUUCGGGGCAACGACGCGAUCCGCGCCGUCAUCCGCUCCACAGUGAGCAACCACGACGGCAAGACCCCUAACUUUUCGCAGCCAUGUCCAAUAUCUCAGGAGAGGUUGAUCCGUCACGCGUAUCGGAUUGCGGGAAUUGACGCGAUACAGCAAACACCUGUUUUUGAAUGUCAUGGGACCGGAACAGCCGUCGGCGAUGUCAUCGAAGCAUCAGUCGUUGCAAAGAUGACCCGAGGAGAAGCGACAUAUAUCAGUGCUGUCAAACCAAAUGUCGGUCACUCGGAGGGUGCCUCAGGCAUCACUAGCAUCAUCAAAUCAAUCUUGUCACUUGAACACAGGACCAUCGCACCCAAUAUCCAUUUCAAAACGCCGAAUCCCCAAAUUCCAUUCACCGAGGCAGAUAUUCAUGUCCCUCUAGAGCCGACCCCGUGGCCUGCUGGCAGGCCCGAAAGGAUUAGCGUAAAUUCGUUCGGUAUUGGCGGAUCCAAUGCCCACGCUAUUCUGGAGUCCGCCUCUUCGGUCUCUCCAAAGUCCCAACCCACAUCGCUCGGGCUUUCCAGCCCUCAGCUCCUAGUUUUGUCUGCACACACAGCAGACACUCUUCGCAAGCGUAUCAGCCAGACCACCGACUAUGUAAAGAAUCACUCAGACCGCCUGCAUGAUCUUUCGUUCACUUUGGCUGCGCGAAGAUCACAUCUUUCCCACCGGGCUUUCGCUGUGGUGCAGCCGAGUAAUCCAGCGAUAGAUGAUGCGGCAUUUUCAAUUCUUAACACCAGUUCCCCAAAUGUCACCUUCGUGUUCACAGGUCAGGGUGCUCAAUGGCCCGGAAUGGGGCUAAAGCUCUUGUCUGAAUUCCCAACAUUCAAGGAAGAUAUCAAAAGAAUGGAUGAAGCAUUGCAGCAGCUACCUGAUCCCCCGAAUUGGUUAUUAUAUGAUGAACUAAGCCAAGAGAGUUCAAUUUCUCGAGUCCACGAAGCCGAGUUCUCUCAGCCUCUCUGUGUUGCGCUUCAAAUUGGACUAGUAAAUAUUCUUCGGGGCUGGGGAAUCGAGCCAUCUAGAGUUGUCGGGCAUUCAAGCGGAGAGAUUGUGGCCGCAUAUGCUGCCAGAGCUAUUUCUAUGAGAAGUGCUAUCGUUAUAGCAUACUAUCGAGGCAAAGUCGCUAAACCGCUAGAAGGCUUAGGCGCUAUGGUGGCCGUUGGCCUUUCCCCGGACGAAGUGGCACUGUACCUGACACCAGGAGUGGUUGUAGCCUGCCACAAUAGUCCGCAUAGUGUCACCUUGUCAGGGGAUAAAGACUCGGUUGACGAUGUGACCAAAAACAUCAAGACAGCAAACUCAGAUACACUCUGCCGGCGGCUUACAGUUAAAAUCGCCUAUCAUUCUGACCAGAUGAAACAGAUUGGCUCUGAAUAUGAACAUUGUAUCUCUAGCCACAUCGAAUAUGAGCAGGAAAUGCUUCCUUUCUGUUCUAGUGUGACUAGCAACACUAUCACCGACCCUCGCAAACUAGAUGCAUCAUAUUGGCGACAGAAUCUGGAAUCACCGGUAUUGUUCACCGAGGCUAUCCAAAGCCUACCUACUAGUGGAACCCCAGUCUUCCUAGAAGUCGGGCCGCAUUCAGCCCUCGCCGCCCCUCUGCGACAAAUCCUCCGGACUCUUGCAACGAAGUCACCAGUCUAUAUUCCCACCUUAUUUAGGUAUGACGAGGAUGUCCAAAGCCAGCUACUCCGGACAGCGGGACAGGCCUAUGCGAACGGCGUAGGAUUCAAUUUGUCGAGCCUAAUUGAGCCCGGGAAUACGCUGACAGAUCUUCCACCUUAUCCUUGGCAACAUGAUCGCUCCUAUUGGAGUGAGAGUCGACUGAGUAGGGAGUGGAGGCAUCGGAAGUUUCCGCAUCAUGAAAUCCUCGGCUCGCGGGUCGUCGAUACGACUGAUCAUGAGCCUUCUUGGCGUAAUCUGGUCACGCUGGACGACGUGCCCUGGCUUUUGGAUCAUGUAAUCCAAGGGGCCGUCACAUUCCCUGGCGCUGGGUUCGUCGCUAUGGUAGGUGAGGCAGUCCAGCAGCUGUAUCCUGACAACGAUAGUUAUUCAGUGCGCAAUGCGACAUUUAUAACACCACUACUGUUCCAUGAGGAAGACCAAAUCGAGAUCGUGACUAGCCUCAGUCCGGUCGAAGUGGCUGACAGGGUUCCAUCCGGCUGGUAUAGUUUCAAAAUCAUGGCCCAUGAUGGAGAAAGAUGGACGAUGCAUUGUCAGGGUCAAGUAAGAGCCGGGUCCGAUCAUCCCCCAGAGCCAUUCCCAAUAUCUUCCUAUAAGCGAGCUUUGCCAUCAGAAAGUGUGUACCGAGUACUUCAAAGGAGCGGUAUAGAUUACGGCCCUCAGUUCCAGGGCUUGGAAAAGAUUACAGCCGAUCCUACUGGACCGAGGGCAACUGCGACCAUUCUGGGUAAUCGUGGGCUGCCUGGGAGCAGGUAUUCGCUUCAUCCCACGGCGAUUGAUCAAUGUCUCCAACUCAUGGGUGUGGCCUGUUCUCAGGGCUUGUUGCGACACCUCACAACAAUUUAUGUCCCGGCUAUGAUAGAUUCCUUGUUCGUCGGACCAGGUGGUCCACCUAUGCCAGCAAGUGCCCGGACCAAGAGCGGUACAAGGGAUGGCCAAUUGGGCGAUGCCGUUGCCAUGCUUGACGAUCGGGUGGUGCUCUCCAUCCAAGGAGCUUAUCUUUUUGCCUUGGAAAAUGAUAAUAUAGAUUCUGAAACUGGACCCGCGGGCUCAGUAACCCAUCUUGAGUGGAAAUCGGAUAUUGAUUUCUUGCAAUCAUCAGCACUUUUGUCUACGCCACACGAUUAUACAUCACAGGCUAUGAAUAUUAAAGCCUUGGGUCAGCUAUCUGCGCUUUUUGUUCUGGAGACCGCGGAGCAAAUUCGGGAUUUCGAGCCAAGAUCAUCACAUUUCGUAAAGUGGAAGAAAUUCAUCAUGGACGCAGCUUCUAAUAUCAAAAAAAGUGGACAACAAUCAAUCUACCCAGAUUCAUCUCAGUGGGCAUUGCUAAGCUCGGCAGACAGACAGGAAAUGACACGGAAAGUGUUAGCCGAAACCAAGUUUACCUUUGAUGCUCCACUUGCGGAUUGCAUGCAGGUUGUCUUCGAUAACUGCAAAGCCUUUAUAUCUGGAGAAAGUAGCCCAUUGGAGGUCCUCAUGAAGGACAAUCUGCUGCACCAAUUCCAUGCUGCGCACACACAGUAUGCCGGUUGGGAGCCGUUCCUACCGUCGCUCUGUCAUUCCAACCCAGGCCUACGAAUACUUGAGAUCGGUGCAGGCACCGGGUCUGCAACUGCCUUGGCUCUAGAGCUUCUCAAGUCCACGAGUGGGGAGCGCAUGUAUAGCCAGUAUGUUUUUACUGAUAUCUCUUCUGGUUUUAUGGCUGCAGCAACCGAGAGAUUCGGUCAUGAACAAUGCAUUGAAUACAAAGUUCUUGAUAUCACCCUAGAUCCCCUCGAACAAGGGUUUGACCCUCAUAGCUUUGACUUGAUCAUCGCUUCCAAUGUUCUCCACGCUACCCCCAGUCUUCAUACCGCACUCACUCAUGUGCAUUGUCUUCUGAAGCCCACCGGUCGCUUCUUACUCCAUGAGAUUAGCCCGGAAAUCUUAAUUGCAAAUUUCACCAUGGGUGUAUUUACCGGCUGGUGGCUAGGGGUGGAUGAUGGUCGAGCAGAGCAACCGUACAUCUCACCCGAGCGGUGGGAUCGGGAGCUACGAGCAGCAGGUUUCACCGGAGCAGAUGUAACAGCUUAUGAUCAAAAGCCGCCAUAUCAUAUAUCUGCCAGCAUGGUGUCACGGCCGGUAGACGAUAUAUCCAUUCCUACCGAUAUCUGGUUGCUCACGGGAAAUUCUAGCCCGUCCCAGUGGGCGAGUGAUGUCGAAUUGCUAUUCCGCGACAAAGGCUAUACCACUCACUGGACUACCUUGCACGAAAUCCCACCCAAAGGCAAAUUCAUUGUGUCUCUGCUAGAUCUUGAAGGAGCUGCAAUAGGUUGCUUGCCGAAGAAUGACUAUGGGGUAUUCCAACGGUACAUUGAGCAAGUGCAAGAAUGCCGAAUCCUGUGGGUCACGCAGUCAACGUCCCGCACCUGCUCAGAUCCACUGUUCGGUUUCAUCCAUGGGUUCGCCCGCACUUUACGAUCAGAGCUUUUAAUUGAUCUCUCAAUUCUGGAGAUUUCCACAUGGGAUGCAGCGGGUGCAAAGGCCGUAAUUCAAGUGUGCGAGAAGAUACAAAGAUCCCGCGCGCACUCCCUUCCUUAUCCAGAGUAUGAGUUUGCAUUGCAUGAAGGCGAGAUUAAGGUCGGCCGGUACCACUGGACACCUCUCGUCGAGCAGCUCGCAAGUCCACCUCGAUCAGAUGCGUCCCGAAAGCUAACUCUCACGACGUACGGGCUACUGGAUACAAUACACUGGGCCGAGAAAGAGCCAUCAUAUGAGUUGAAUGAGGGGCAUGUUGAAGUUGAGAUGGACUACGUAGGACUGAACUUCAAGGAUAUGAUGGUUGCAAUGGGCUUUUUCGGAAACAAAGAAGAUCUCGGCCUCGAAGGCAGCGGUAUUGUGCUUCAAGUUGGACCUGAUGUGACGGAUAUCAGGGUGGGAGACCGUGUCAUCUUGAUGCAUUCUGGGGUUCUGGUCUCAAACGUUGUUGUGCCUCAAGAAGCUUGUAUCAAGCUACCGCAGGGGUUGUCAAUGGCAGAUGCGGCCACGAUGUUAACAGCCUAUUCCGUUCUCAUCCACUCCGCAUGUGGCGGGGUCGGGCUAGCCGCUCUGCAAGUAUGCCGAGCUGUUGGUGCCGAGAUAUAUACCACGGUCGGCAACGAUAAAAAGGUAGCCCAUUUGAUGGAGCAUUUUGGUUUACCUCGAGAACGGAUAUUCAACUCUCGCAACACUUCCUUCCAACCGGACCUAAUGCGUGCCACCGCUGGACGGGGAGUUGAUGUAGUACUCAAUUCUUUGUCGGGAAACUUACUGCACGCUUCGUGGGAAUGUGUCGCAAAGUUCGGACGGAUGGUUGAACUCGGAAAACGUGACUUCAUAAGUCACGGAAUACUUAAUAUGAGUCUUUUCGAAGCUAACCGAGGAUUUUUCGGUGUUGACCUCGCACAAGUUUGCAAGGAAACCCCGGAGAUUCUCAAAAGCACCCUGGCAACAUUUUCAGAUUGGUAUCGUCAAGGGAAAAUCGGACCUAUCCAUCCUGUCAAAGUCUUUGAUGCGGUCGACAUUGUCAGUGCAUUUAGGUAUAUGCAGGCAGGCACCCACUUAGGUAAGAUCUUGGUGCGUAUGCCAUCCUCCGUGGACAGUUUGCCUCCUCCUAUCGUCAAAAGAUUCCCGACAUUCCGAUCAGACGCCGCUUAUCUUCUGAUUGGCGGGCUUGGUGGUGUUGGGCGAUCCGUAUCAACAUGGAUGGUCGAGCAGGGUGCGCGAGAGCUCAUCUUCCUCUCGCGAUCAGCUGGCAAAUCUGAGGAGGAUCAAGCAUUUAUCGGGGAGCUUGAGGCGCAAGGUUGUCAUGUUAGCUGUGUGCUAGGCAAUGUGACCGAUCUUGAAGCUGUGAAGCGGGCUGUUGCCACAUGCACGCGGCCCCUUGUUGGUGUCCUCCAAAUGGCAGUUGACUUGAAGGAUCGACUGUUCCUGCAGAUGAGCCACGAGGAGUGGGAGGCUGCGUUGGCUCCGAAAGUCACUGGAACCUGGAACCUGCAUCAUGCCACAUUGCAGUACUCACUCGAUUUCUUCGUCGUGUUUGGCUCAAUUGCCGGGGUAUGUGGUAACACCGGCCAGGCCAAUUAUGCAGCAGCAACUACAUUUUUGGAAGCAUUCACCCGGUAUCGACGACAGCAGGGGCUCCCUUCCUCUAUUUUCCACCUCGGGGUGGUUGGAGAUGUAGGUGCCGCAAGUCGGAGCUCCCGAUUCCUUCAAAGAGUACAGUCAAUCGCGCUGCAUGUGCUCCAUGAAGCUGAAGUGAUUGAUGGACUCGCCGCGGCGAUCAAUAUAUCCCCAGUCAGUGAUUCUAAUGCGAGUGGUGCAAUUGCAAUGGGACUUGCGCACACGAGGCGCCGCGGUGAUGUCCCCAAGGAAAUCUUCCUCGGUGGACGCGACGCUCGUUUUUUGAUCUACCCCAACCUCGAGUCUACCAGUGCUGGCAGUGGUGGGGAUCAAUCCUCUCAUGCAAAUGCGUUAAAGGCCCUCCUUGCCCAGAUACAAGCUGAUCCCUCGCUGACGGGGAAGAGAGAGACUGAGGUCGCCUUGAUGAAGGAACUAGGCAAAUUUAUCAGCCAUAAUCUUACAGGGCAGAUGCAGGAUCAGGGAUCAGAUUCUGCAGAUGACAUUGAAGCAAUGGCGGGCAUGGCAGUUGACUCCCUCAUGGCUAUAGAGGUUAGGAAUUGGCUACGGAGGUCUCUGGGUGUGGAGAUUCCUACAGUGGAAAUCAACCGAGCAGGUACAUUAGGUGGCUUGGUGAAGGUCGUUUUGAAGGGACUUGGGGAGAAAUAUGAUCAGUGUGCUACCUAA